AUGGAAAACACAACAUAUGAUUAUGAAAAUGAAAUCUUUGCACCAUGCGACAAGAACGAAGCCAACAACCUGGGAGCCCAACUCUCCAUCCUCUUCUACUUCAUGUUCGUUUUCAGCCUACUUGGCAAUGGGCUAGUCCUGGCUAUCAUUUAUAAGUUUGAGAGGCUGACCACAGUGACCAGCAUCUUGCUGCUGAACCUGGUGGCUUCCUCGCUGAUCUUCAUGAGCAGCCUUCCCUUUUGGGGCAUUUAUAUGCAGAGGUCACGUUGGAUUUUCGGCAAUGCUAUGUGCAAGAUUGUCGGAAGCACUUACUCUAUGGGCUUUUACAGUUCGGUUUUGUUUUUGACUCUGCUGACAUUUGAUCGACACCUUGCUGUGGUGUAUUCGCUGCCUGCAGCACAUCUGAGGAAUCAGAAAUAUGCUGUCAUUUCUUGUGCAGUGGUGUGGCUCUUGAGCGGUUUGUCAUGUAUUCGGCCGAUGCUUAUUCAUGGAACUUUUAAAUACAUAGAUGGUAACACCUACUGUGAAGAGACUUACAAUGACAAUAUUGAUUUGGAAAAGCUGAUGAAUGCUGGAUUUUAUAUUCAGCUUAUCAUUUUCCUAAUCCUCCCUCUGGCUGUUAUUAUCUAUUGUUACAUUAGGAUUACUAUCACAGUCGUUUCAUCCAAAAUAGGGACCAAAUUCCAAACAGUCAGGCUGAUUUUCAUUAUAGUACUCCUGUUUUUCAUCUGCUGGACCCCUUUUAACAUUGUGGAACUCAUGGAAUAUAAGACCAAAGACUGUGAGACAUUAAAGAAACUUACUUACACUCUUCAAAUCACUCGUUUAAUGGCGUACUUUUACUUUUGCAUCAGUCCGAUAUUUUAUACAUUCGUAGGGAGAAAAUUCCAGAACUACUUUCGACAGCUGCUGAUAAAAUACUUCCCAAGUUUGAAGAAGUACAUUUCUGUUAAUGAAAUCAGCCGAACAAACAUUUCUACAAAGAUAACUUCGAACGAUCUGAUUAAUGGUGGCCAGAACAGUUUAUUAACAAGUCAGUCAGAAUAUGUGUGAAAAAAAACAUCAAUUAGAUGGAAAUCCAAAGAAAUAUCAUGAGAAAGUCUAUUAAUGAAGGGAAAUAAAUGCUUAAUGAUUACUAAUUACCAGAGCCAAAACUUCUUUAGAUUUUAAUAAAUUAAAUUGUUAAACUUCUAAUUCUAAUUAGAAAAAAUAAUCAGUGUACAGGUGUUAAAAUCCAGAGAUUCAGUUUUUUUGCUGAAGUAACACAAGCAUAACACUGGCGAACAUUGCCAUAAAAUAAUACUUUCAUCAGAUUUACUCUUAUUUAUUUUGUAUCUCUACCUUGCAACCAAUACAAUAUGACCAGAAGCUAAUCAGUCAAUGUGAAUUGAAUUAGCAUUUUCACGUUUCAGUAUGUUUCAUAUAUGAUGUUAUCCAGUAUGUUAUUAUAUGAUACAAUGAAUGGUUUAUUAAAAAAAAAAUUGAACAAAAAAAAUAAAAGCACAAGAGAAAUAAAUUAACAGAUAUAAGUUUAAAAAGGAGCAGGAAGAAGUAUUCACUUAUUUACUUCUACUCAGUUGUGUAAUAUAGUUUAUUAAUUUUAAUGUAUAAUAUUCUUCAAUAAACCAUCAUUAAACCCCACAUUCCAUAUUAUGUAUCUCUGCAUGAUUGACUUUAUUAUAUAUAUAUAUAUAUGUGUCUCUUUAAAGAAGUAUAUAUUAAAAUUCAACAACACAAUACUAAAUAAAACAAUGUAGGCCAAUAUACAAUGUAAAGGAGCCCUAACUUGGUAUUUUACUGGUAUAAUCCUUCAGAAACAUUCCUCAGGAGGAAUAUAAACUAUUUUUCCCACAAUGCAGGUAUGGUUUCACUAGGAGAAAAUGUACUUUUUGGAAAGACAUCAGUGUUUUAACUUCUCUACCCUCAUUUUUGCAGCUUUUUUGUGUUUUUCUCAUUUGCCUCCUUUUGUCCAUUGGAACGAAUUUUAACUUUUUAUAGAACCAAUUCAUCUACAUUUUACUUUAAGAGACAGAUAAAAGUCGAUACCCACUAUGAAUGCACAAUGUAAAUAGAACUGUUAGUAUUUUGUGAUAAUAGUUUUAGAUUUUCCUGUUAAAUGUUUCUUUUUUAGAGCGAAAAUUUAUUGGGAAUUUAAGAAAUCUAAAUUACAGUACAUAAAGUUUGAAUGUGGAUCAUAAAGUGAGAUAUUGUUUCUCUUUGUUGUAAUUACCUUGUUUUUGGUGUAAAAAUCUAUUGUAUUUUCUUAAACAAUGUGUAUUUUCAGUUGAUACUGUGUUUAUAUCUUUUGCUUUUAUCUUAGAUCUGAUAAGAUGUUUAAGAAUUAAAUAAAAGUUAACUUCAAAACAGCUUGUCUUUGAAUAGUCUUGAUUUUGAAAAUUAUGAAACAGGACUGCCUGUGAAAUAAAAACAAAUUCACCUUAGCUUAGCGACAGCCUACAUCACAGGGAUGAGAGUGUAAAAUGGAUGGAGUUCGGCAACAGCUGCUAUGUCAUGGUUCUGCCCUUUGUGGACUUCUUUCUGAGCUUCUUUUUGAGUUUUAAGUUAUUUAUAUAAUUAUGUUUUUUUUUUUGGUCUUUGGUUUCUUUUCCAUUUUGUGUUAGCCUACAUUUAAACAGUAAUGCAUUUUUUAAGUUACUCUAUGUUGUGCCCUUGUGCCAGUCUCCUUUCCCCUAGCUCCCUUCUUGUUACUUCUAUCCACACUUGCUCCAUAUCAGCUGAUUGCCCAUUCCUUGUUCUGUCUGCCAUAUAUACAUCUUUUUUACUUAGCUCCAUGUGUGUUUUCCCCUGGCGACUCAUGGUUUUGUUUUGUUGUGGACUGUUCCUGGAUUUUAUUUGCUUCUGCUGUCAU